AUGCAGCCAUGCACCGGAGGUAGUUCCCUGUUCUGCGCUUUGCGGCCCUUGACUCGCCCUGCUGUCCGAUCAUUCACAACCACUUCAAUCCUUCAGCGAUCAAAGAAAUCAAGGAAACCUGAUCCUCAACAUGGACACCCGGUGCCACUCGGGAAAUCCCACAAGUCAUCACUCUUCAGUCACCCAAUAGGAAAAGUCGUUCGACAAGAUAUUGCAGCCGCAAAAGGGUUCGUACAAGUGGUGGAAACAGCGCUUCGCGAUUUAAAGCACAAGCUUAAACAAACCGGCGAUUCAGAGGAGGGAUGGGCCCAAUUCGAACGUCAGAUCCUAACCGCGGCCAGAGUGGAGGAUUCCAAGUUGAAAAACACCUGGGGUCAACUCCGCUCUGCAAAGGUAGCGCUGCAGAGGGCAUAUCUCGCCACUGGAACACAAGGUCUACGAGAUGAGUUGCAAUACAUGCUCUACGCAGACAACCUCACUGCCAAGUUUUCGACCCCCGUCUUGGAAGCGCAAAAACAAGUGACCGACCUACGAUAUCCGGCUGAGUGGUAUCCGCGCGCACGAUCGAUACAACGAACAAUUCACCUCCACGUCGGACCAACAAAUUCCGGAAAGACAUAUCAUGCUCUCCAACGGCUGAGAAAUAGUAAGAAUGGCUUCUACGCAGGCCCAUUGAGGUUGCUCGCACAAGAAGUAUACCAUCGGUUUCAGUCAGAAGGGAUCCCGACUAGUCUUGUUACUGGAGAUGAUGUGAAGGUCCCCGAGAACGAUGAAGUGCCGCGCAUCGUGAGCAACACGGUAGAGAUGGUCAGUCUAGGCCAGAACUACGAUGUUGGUGUUAUCGAUGAGAUCCAGAUGAUCGCCAAUUCUACACGAGGUUGGGCGUGGACUCGGGCUUUUCUGGGAUGUCAGGCCGAAGAACUGCACGUCUGUGGCGAGACCCGUGCAGUGCCAUUGAUUCGGGAGCUUUGUGCGCUCACUGGAGAUCUCUUGGAAAUCCACCGCUACGAUCGUUUGAACGGCCUGGAAGUGAUGCCACGCAGUCUGAAAGGUAACUUGCAUAACCUUGAAAAGGGUGAUUGUGUUGUUGUCUUCUCUCGAAAGGGUAUUCACGCUAUGAAAGCGAACAUUGAGAAGACCACCGGAAGACGUGCUGCUAUUGUUUAUGGUGGCCUGCCAGCAGAGAUUCGGACUCAGCAAGCGAAUUUGUUCAACGACCCGGACAAUGAUUAUGAUUUCCUCGUCGCAAGUGAUGCCAUUGGUAUGGGUCUUAACUUGAGCUGCAAGCGUAUCAUUUUUGACACCCUCGUCAAGCGUACCCCGACUGGUCUUCAACGGCUUACUGUGCCUGAGAUUAAACAAAUUGGCGGACGUGCUGGUAGAUACCGGCCUGCCAAUGUCAAAGAAGGGACAGAUGACGGGGCCAAUGUAGGACUUAUCACUUGCAUUGAAGAGGUUGAUCUUCCAUAUAUUCAGCAAGCCCUUAAAUUGGAGCCUCCACCAUUGACUGCGGCUGGAAUUCUCCCUACAGAUACCGUCUUCAUGAAGCUCGCUGCUUACUUCCCGACUGGUAUCCCCUUCGAAUAUUUGAUCAAACGAGUCUUGGAGCUUGCUCAAGUGAGUCCGUUGUUUUUCAUGUGUGAUCCUAAGGGUCAACUAGAGAACGCUGAAAUUAUCGACACCGUGAGAGGACUACAGAUUGAGGACCAGCUGAAAUUCAUGGCUUCUCCAAUGGAUCACAAAGAUGACAGCUCACGAGAUGUGACGGGUGCAUUCGCGGACUGCGUGUCCAAUAAUGAGCAUGGACGAUUGUUAGAUAUUCCCCAUCUCAACUUGGAAAUCAUUGAACAACCUGUGUCCGGAAGCAACGACUAUCUACGUGAGCUGGAGAGUCUCCACAAGGCCCUCAUUUUGUACCUGUGGUUGAGUUUCCGAUUCGGUGGUGUCUUCACUGAUCGAACUCUCGCCAGUCAUGUCAAGGAACUUGUCGAAGAGCGCAUGGUUCGUGCAUUGACUGAAUUCUCCGCCAACAAGAAAAUUCGCAAGGGUGCUUCUCUGAAGCGACAGAUUGCUUUGCAGAAGCAAUUGCUGGAGCAGGAACGUCUUGGUGUCAAGGACUGGAUGCGGCCCAGUGGUGAAGGUGGCGAUAAUAUGGAAAUCAAUCUGCCGGGAGAGAAUGCUUCGGAAGCUGCAUCCUCGGAGGGCGUCUCUUCUGAAAUGGAAGACUCGCCGACUGAGAGCGAAUUUCCCGAAGAGGAGAGCGUAUCUUCGGACAUAGAAGAUUUGCCAAUUGAGAGCAAAUCUCGCAAG